CAGAAAAGAGGUGGAGAGGGGGGGAAUAAGAAAGAGAGAGGAGGAAAGGAGAGAAGGCAGGAAGAAGGCAAGGGACGAUACAACCAUGCUGUGCUGUAUGAGAAGAACCAAACAGGUUGAAAAAAAUGAUGAGGACCAAAAGAUUGAACAAGAUGGAAUCAAACCAGAAGACAAAGCUCAUAAGGCCGCGACCAAAAUUCAGGCUAGCUUCCGUGGACACAUAACAAGGAAAAAGCUCAAAGGAGAGAAGAAGGGCGAUGCCCAAGCUGCCGAGGCCGAAGCAAACGAGAAGAAGGAGGAAGCCCCUGCUGCCGACGGGGUGGGGAAGAAGGAGGGAGAAGGCCCGGCUGCCGACGCGGCCCCAGCCCCUGGGCCCAAGGCCGACGAGCCCGGCAAAGCAGGAGACACCCCUUCCGAGGAGAAGAAGGCGGAGGGCGACGCUGCCCCCGAGCAGGCGGCCCCCCAGGCUCCUGCCCCCUCGGAGGAAAAGGCCGGCUCUGCUGAGACAGAAAGUGCCGCUAAAGCUUCCACCGACAACUCGCCGUCCUCCAAGGCCGAAGACGUGCCCGCCAAGGAGGAGCCUAAACAAGCCGACGUGCCUGCUGCUGUCACUGCUGCUGCUGCCACCACCCCUGCUGCAGAGGAUGCUGCCGCCAAGGCGACAGCCCAGCCUCCGACGGAGACUGCCGAGAGCAGCCAAGCCGAAGAGAAGAUAGAAGCUGUAGAUGAAACCAAACCUAAGGAAAGUGCCCGGCAGGAUGAGGGUAAAGAAGAAGAACGUGAGGCUGACCAGGAACAUGCCUGAACUUUAAGAAAUGGCUUUCCACGUCCCCACCCUCCCCUCUCCUGAGCCCUGUCUCUCCUGCCCUCUCUCAACUCCACUCUGAAGUUUCCCCUCCUGUCCUGCUCACGUCUGUGAGUCUGUCCUCUCCCACCCACUAGCCCUCUUUCUCUCUGUGUGGCAAACAUUAAAAAAAAAAAAAAAAAAAAAAA